AUGUCUUCUCACCAAGUUGACGCUAAUGGUUUUCAAGGUUCUCAAAGUUAUAAAAAUAACCAAAAUUUACGAAAAUACAGACCUUUAGCUCUAAAGUUACCAUAUACUCAAAUGGUUGAUAGCUCUUCUUGGCAAUUUUUAAAUUUCCAAUUAACAUCUAAGUCAAGUACUCAAGUAUUAAAACCAAGUACUCCGAUGGGAAGACCAAAUGAUUAUGAUUCAUUACAUGAAACUAAUGUUCUUCAGCCUAAGGAAAAUACUG